AUGAUUCAUCGUGUGGUAGCGGGCUUUCGGCGCCCCAUUGACGCGGACAGCAAAGCCGAAAGGGACAGGCUGUAUGGCUUGUGCAAGGACCACCACAGCCCCACCGACGUCCCCACAGACAGUUGCGACGACGCCAAGGUGGGCAAUUAGUUGAGUGAGGCAUAUGUACCUACAUAUGCACCGAUAUAUGCAUGCCUGGAUACACUGACUGACUACUAAGCUUGGUCGUCACUGUGUGUUGCCUUGCCUUGUCUUGUCUUGUCUUGUGUGUGUCGUUCGUUGCCUGCCUGCAUCCAUGCAGGUGCAGGAGGAUGGCCCUCGGACACGGGCUGCUCAACACCUGAGCAGCAUCCACGACGCCAUCGCAUGCCCCGGCGGCCAGGGAUCGACGGACAAGAACUCCGUCAACAUGGCGCUGCGGCAGCUCAAGAGCGACCUAGAGGAUAACUGUAGGCUGCGCCAGAGCGGGAGGUAA